AUGACCAAGCGAACUUCUUCAUUUUUUCUUCCCAUCAUCUUCCUUGUUAUGUUUGUCUUAGUUGAGCAAAAUAUGGGUGAGACAUGCACGGCAGUUCUUGGCUCGUGUGGUGUUAUUCCAGACUGUAGUGCAGCAUGCAAGGCAGCAUUUGGACCAACCGCACGUGGCUUUUGUGACCGUGAUGGUGGUGCUGGAACAUGUGUUUGCCUUCAUCCUUGUUUAACUGAUAAUCCCCACAUGUAA